AGAGCCAGAGCAGGAAGAGUUUGCUGUGGAGACUCAGAGCGUGAAGAGUUUUCACUGAAGACCAUGAAAAGUUUGCAGUGGAGACACAGAGUGUGAAAUAUUUGCAGCAGAGACACAGAGCGUGAAGAGUUUGAAGUGGAAGCAAGAGAAGAGGAAAGAAUAGACAUGGCUAGGGAUUACGAAAAUAUCUCUUUUGGACAAGUUUCACAUGUGCACGGAAAGGGAAGAAAGGACACUGAAGAGGUCUAUGAGGAUAUCCCUGGAAGAAAGUUGUCUCUGAAGAUUUGGGAUCCAACCUCCACAGCAGGCAGACCUGCAGCCCACAAGAGCCUCCGCGUCGCCUGUGCCGCUCUGAUCAUGCUCGCUGUGGUCCUCCUGUCCUCUCUCAUUGUGGUGACUGUCCUGUAUCUUCAGAACCAGAGAUGCCUUUGGGACAGUGAGAGCUACAGGUCAGCAGCGAACAUCAGUACCCUGAAGUCGGAGAUGGAGAAGCUACAAGGCCAUUUGGAGACCACCAGGGCCUCCCUCACCACACUCAAAGAACAGUACGGAAACUUUGUGAAGAAAAUUUCCCAAAACUGGAGGUUCCAUGCUGGGAAUCUCUAUUUCUUCUCCAUGGACAGUAGGACCUGGGGUGAGGCUGAGAAGUUCUGCGUGUCGGAAGAUUCGCACCUCGCGUCGGUGACUUCGGUGGAAGAACAGACCUUCCUUUUCAGCACGCCCAAUCAAGUCAGGCAUUGGAUCGGACUCAGUGACCAGGUCGUUGAAGGCCAGUGGCGAUGGACAGAUGGAACCAUCUACAGUGACGCUGAGAACAAAAGGUUUUGGAAGGAAAACGAGCCCAAUAACCAGGGAAAUGCAGAACAUUGUGUUCACCUAUGGGAGAAGGCAGAAAAAUCAUGGAAUGAUGAGCGUUGUGAAAGAAAUUUUCAAUUCAUCUGCAAGUGGGUCCCCAAGCCAUCUGGACGGUGACGUGUCCCUCUACACACAGCUGUAUUGCACCGGCGGUGUCUCCUUGCCUAUACCACGGCUUCUGCUUCUUCGCUCGGAGGCAAAGGCCAUCGAUCAAUGCUAUUUAGUGAGCGCUUAGUGUGUGCAGAGCCUUGAACUAAGCUCUUAGGAGAUGACAAUAA